AUGCAGUCUCAGAAAUCAAAAGAAAUUUUCCACUCAGCAGCUGCAAUCACUUUUACUCUCUACAGAUUUCUUAGUCUUUCUGCUCCUCACACUUCAGGUCUUGGAGCUGAUAUUUCACCAUCUGACUACUGCAGCUGUUCUGUGGUGCCUGCUUUUGAUGAGUCUUUGGCGAUUAUUGUCUUGGUGUCUCCUAAGAUUGAAAUUCCACUGGUUCAAUUUUCUAGAGCAGAGUAUUCUGAGUAUAAUACUAUCAAUUAUUUGGAUUUGUGUAAAAAUAUGCUUGGCUUUCUUAUCACAUACUUAAUCCUCUGCUGUAUUGGAAUCCCAUUAAAUGGAAUUGUUAUCUGGCUACUUGGCUUCCAGAUUAAGAGAAACCCUUUCACCGUGUUGAUUCUGAAUUUAGCAAUUGCUGACUUUGGAUUACUUGUAUCUUUGGCUAUAUUUUGCACUUGUUUUUUUGUAAACUUUUCAAAAUUAAUAAUUCCUUGUUUGAUCAUGUUUUGUCUCUCCCACGUCAUGUAUAUCAAUGGUAUUUUUCUUCUGGCAGCCAUCAGCAUUGACCGGUGUGUGUGUGUCUUCUUCCCAAUCUGGCAUCGCUGUUCCCGGCCAAAAUAUUUGUCCCCUAUUGUGUGUGCCUUCCUAUGGGUCUUCUCUUUCCUCUUUGUUGGAAUUGCAAACAUCAUGGAAUUUGUAUUUAAAUAUCGUGGCUUCUCAUAUCUCCAUUUGGUUGUGACUGCUGUGCUUUGCCUUCCAUUGAUCGCAAUCACUACUCUGAUCCUAUUUUUCAAAAUAUGUCUUAAACCCAAACAGAUCAAACGUGGACGAAUGUUAGUGAUGAUCUUAAUUACUCUUCUCUGUUUCCUUAUUUUUAAUCUUCCGUUAAAUAUAUAUGGGUUCAUUGCUUAUACUUACAGUAGAGAUUUCCCCCAAACUUUUGCAUGGUAUCAAUUCAUAAUUUUGGGUGCUUCCCUAAACAGCAGUGUUAAUCCUGUGAUCUAUUAUCUGGUUGGGAGAAAGAGACGAGCUCAGACCAGGGAGAGCAUCAAGAUCGUUUUUCAAAGAGUCUUCAAGGAAGAUGAAGCUCCUGAAAGCAGAGAGAAAUCUACAAACACUGUUUCAACCCCUCUGUAAAAAUGUAGUUUUAACUUGUCUCUAAUCUUGGAAAUUGCUUGACUACAAAAAUGUGU